AUGAGGCCGACUCCUCCGAUGAGUCUGACUCGGCAUCCCGUCCACAGCAGUCGACCUCGUCGUAAGAAGGCAGCCGCAGCCACCGGCGACCCACCCGACCCAUUGCCCACCACAGCCCCGCCCCUGGCCACACAUGAGGACGUCCUCCUCAUAUCCGACGAUUACGCCGCCCUUCGAGCGCCGAUCUCCGCAUCCACAGGCCGGCUCCUGGCUAGUGUGCGCGAGAAAGACGACCAGCGGUGUGGGCAGCGCACCUUUGAGGCGGCGAAGGAGAGGUGGCCGGCGAAGUUCCAACCAGUGGUGGACUACUGGGACAAGAAGCUGGAGGAGCUGCCGAAAGAGAUCCGCCCCGUUCUCAUCCCGCCUCUCCUCCCGCGCCUGGUCACAAAGGGCGGCAAGAAGUCGCUGCGGCUGCACCAGGGGCUGGGUGUGGCUGAGGGUGCCGUCAAGGGGGACGCCAAUUGGGAUCCGCAGUCGCUUCCCUGGCACCCGGAGGGCCAUCCCACGUAUUUGUGCAGACGGCCAGACGGCAAGUUCACUACAAUGACCCUACGGUGAGGGCUUCGGGAAGGGUGAAAAGAAGAUAUGUACAUGUGUGUGUAAUGUGCGUGUGUCUGUGUGUGGUGGAUGUGUGUGUGUGCACAGGUUUCUGACAUACGUCAUGCUUCGGUUGCCGCCCGAUGACCCCUUCCCCUUUCAUUUCCUCGAUUUCGUCAUUGCCGCGCCAGACAUGACAGACCCGCGCUGCAUCGCUUCUGUCAGGGAGAAGCUCAAGGCCGUCUGCGGGGAGGAUGAGCUCAUAGCCGUUCUGGAGAAGAGACCGAUGGACCAAUGGCGAAAACUGGUGCGUUGAACCUCAUCCAUUCAUCCAUUCAUCCAUUCAUCCAUUCAUCCAGUCAGACAGACAGACAGACACCUCGACAACACUAGCAGUGUCAGUGCCCCUCCGGCGGCGGCAGCCGCGGCUGGUGCCGUGAUGAAGCACCCGGACGAGGCGCUGGUGCUGGCUCAUUCGGCGACGAUGUAUAGCGGGGGGGAGAUGCGCAGUGGCGGUCCGCCCUCCACCGGGGCGUGGUCGGUGGCCGAGAAGUGGAACUUCUUUGUCGGAUUCGCCAAAUAUGGAAAUUCGUGGGUUGAGGUGGCAGGUAGGUAUGCGUCUGACCGGACUGGGUCACUCACGGCAGGGUAUGCUCGUCUGGUUUGGUUGUGUGUGUGCCUGUGUGCAGCUGAAGUUGGUACUCGUACGCGCCAGCAGUGCCGUUCCCAUUUCCAGAAGACCUUCCUCUACUCACUGCCCGAGACCGAGCGCCAGGAGGUGGGUAGGGAGGGCGACACCACACACACGGGGAGAGGGAGAGAGGCACUUUGCAAUGGAAUUCAUCAACCAGUCGUGUGUGUGUGGUCUGUGUGUGGUGGGGCGUGUGUGCAGCGUGCCCAGCAGUUCAUCCAGCAGGAGUUGGAGCGGAACCGUGGCCAGCCUCCCCUCGAGCUGACCGACCUGUCGGCCCCUGCUGCGUCCAACCCCCUGCUCAAGACGAGCGGCGACCCCAGUGGCGGCCG